UAGCUGAGGGGAAACGGACGGACGACGAUCUCACACGGAUAUCUCAUCAUCAGCAGAGUCCGCACGGUCACAUCGCCCGUGAGAGACCUCGGAGAUACAGCGGGACAUCGAUUUCUUUUUCGACCCGGUCGCCGUGUCUGCUGCAGGGAGAUGGCCGGUAUUUUGGCGUGGUUUUGGAACGAGAGGUUCUGGCUCCCCCAUAAUGUAACCUGGGCUGACUUAAAAAAUACAGAUGAAGCAACGUUCCCGCAAGCCGAGGAUCUCUAUCUGGCGUGUCCUUUAGCAUUCUGCAUCUUUAUGAUACGACUGGUUUUCGAAAGGUUUAUCGGAAGACCAUGUGCGAUGGGCCUAAAGAUCCAAGCAAACGGGCCACAAAAAGCACAACCUAAUGCUAUCCUUGAGAAGGUUUUCACUGCUAUAACCAAGCACCCAGAUGAGAAGAGGCUGGAGGGCCUGUCCAAGCAGCUUGACUGGGAUGUGAGGACCAUCCAGCGCUGGUUCAGACAGCGGCGCAACCAGGAGAAGCCCAGCACUCUUGCUCGAUUCUGUGAAAGCAUGUGGAGAUUUACAUUCUAUCUGUACAUUUUUACCUAUGGAGUGCGUUUCCUCAAAAAGACUCCAUGGUUGUGGAACACUAAAGAGUGCUGGUACAACUAUCCUUACCAGCCACUGACUGUGGACAUCCAUUAUUACUAUAUACUGGAGCUGUCUUUCUACCUGUCCUUACUCUUUUCCCAAUUCACAGACAUCAGGAGGAAGGAUUUCCUGAUCAUGUUCCUGCACCAUGUGGCAACAAUCUCCCUCAUCACCUUUUCCUACGUGAACAACAUGGCACGAGUGGGAACUCUGGUCAUGUGUCUCCAUGAUGCAGCCGAUGUGCUGAUAGAGGCUGCCAAGAUGGCAAACUAUGCCAAAUGUCAGAUUCUGUGCAACCUCCUGUUUGCAAUGUUUGCAAUUCUCUUCAUAAGUUCCAGACUGGGAGUUUACCCUGUCUGGAUUCUAAACACCACUUUGUUUGAGAGUUGGGAGAUUGUAGGGCCCUACCCGUCGUGGUGGGUCUUCAACCUGCUUCUGAUCCUGCUGCAGCUUCUUCACUCCUUCUGGUCCUACCUCAUAGUGAAGACAGCAUGCCGAGCCAUAUCCAAAGGAAAGGUGGGAAAAUGGAAUCCCUUACAUGUGUCUAAAGACGACCACAGCGACAUUGAGUCCAGCUCUGAUGAGGAUGACAGCCCCCCACCCAAUCAGAAGCACCACAGCAGUGCCACCAAUGGGACCAAUAAAAAUCACGGGACCAAUGGCUACCUGACAGGAACCCCGUAUCCCGACGAACACUGACAAAGCUGAUAUCACAACACUGGAGCCAUGCUACAGACACCAUCCAUCAAUCUGUAUGUGUGCGUGUGUGUAUUUGAGUGUAUGGUGGAAACAACAUCGCCUGUCUGGUACUGGAAGUUCUUACAAGAUUUAAGUGAAUGCAGUUUUGUUAUCAAUUUGAUUCUUUACCAGUUUCCUCGCGCAGUUUAUUCUCUUUAUCUAUAUAUUUGCAUCAAAAUGCACUCAGUGAGAUAUCAAAGCACUCCUACUGGUACAACCCCAUUCUCUGUUUAGCCAAUGAAUGAAAGCAUUCCAUAGUGUAAGCAUGCUACUUAAACAUACAGUAGUCUGGCAUUCUGGGGGCGUGUUCCUUAUGUUUGUGUCUUUCUAUGUUAUUUAUUUUUUAUAAAUAUGUUUGCAGGUGGUAGUCAGACAUCCAUUCUACUUUGAUGUCAGUGUUAAAGAUGAAAUAAUCUUGAACAACAACACAGCUGUUUUUCCACACCACACAUCAUGACAAUGAGUAUUAGCAAAAUGCUGAAGACCUGGGUUUACUUUUAAUGCUACACCUCCAAAGAUUUGCCAAAAUGAUGACUGAGUUCAUCUUCACUCACAAACGGAUUGUAAUGUGUGAAGUUUACUCACAUUAAAAAAAGGAAUAAAAAACAUUACAUUCUCCACUCAAACUGUAUAUGAGAUGUCAAUAACAGUAUUAUGUGUGUGCAUCACAUAUGGCUAGAUGCUGUAUUCCCUGUUGAGGCAUUUUGUUAAGUAUUCUGGUACAUUUCUGGUAAGCAUUUCAUUAAAGGCCAUUUGCUCUCUUA